GUCAAUAAAUACUGGAAAAGUACCCCACCGUGCGGUAUUCACACCUCUGCAACCAUGCCUAAAAUUCUUUUGUUUGGUGCUGGCCUAGUUGCCGCUCCCUGUGUGGAGUACUGUCUUCGACGCAAGGAGAACACCAUGGUGAUUGCCACCCGCACUAUCGCGAAAGGAGAAAGUCUGGCGAAGGAGUACGGUGAUCGUGUAUCAUGUGCCACUGUAGACGUUGAGAGCGAUGAAUCCAUCGAUAAUCUUAUGAAAGACUGUGAUAUCGCCAUCAGUUUGGUGCCUUACAUUCAUCACGCAAACAUUAUUAAGAGUGCCGUGAAGUUCAAGAAGAACUUCGUGUCCACUUCAUAUGUUUCUCCUGCCAUGGAGGCGUUCCACGACGCGGCUGUCGAGGCUGGUGUUACAGUUAUGAACGAGAUCGGUGUAGACCCUGGAGUCGAUCACCUAUACGCUAUGAAGGUUAUUGAUGAGGUACACGCUAAGGGAGGUAAGGUUAAGAGUUUCAUCUCGUACUGUGGUGGUCUUCCCGCCCCUGAGAAUUCCGACAACCCUCUGGGCUACAAAUUUUCCUGGUCUCCUCGCGGUGUACUCUUGGCGGUUCGUAACGCUGCUCGUUUCAAGCAGGACGGCAAGAUAGUGGACAUUGCUGGCCCUGAUCUGCUGCGUCUUGGAGCCAAGCGCAUCUAUACCAACCCCGGAUACGCCACAUACGGAUACCCCAAUCGGGAUUCUUCUUUCUAUGACACCCGAUAUGGUAUGCCAGAGUGUGACACGUGCUUGCGCGGUUCACUGCGUUUUGAAGGCAAUGUCGAGAUUGUACAGGCGUUUGCUGACUGUGGUCUCUUGUCCUUGGACGAAGUUGACUUCCUAGCCAGCUCUGCACCAGCCGUAUCUUGUGCUGAGGCAAUGGCCAAGUUAUUGAACUGUGCCGAUGCCGAAGAAGACACCUUGAAGGCAGCCGUCGCCGCAAAGGCUAACCUACCUAAGGAUUUACAACGCCGUGUAUUAAACGGAUUCAAAUGGUUCGGACUGUUCUCCAAGACUGAAAUGGCUGACCGCAAGGGAACAUAUUUGGAUAUGCUGUGUGGCACAAUGGAGGAGAAGCUACAGCUGAAGGAUGAUGAGAGAGAUAUGAUUUUUUUGCAGCACGAAUUCGGAAUCGAGUGGGCUGAUGGUAAGAAAGAAGAGAGGACGAGUACCCUGAUCGAGUACGGAACCCCUGGAGGAUUCACAGCUAUGGCACGUUUGGUGGGUAUGCCAUGUGGUGUGGCCGUGCAGAUGAUUCUGGACGGAAAGAUCACCAAGAAGGGUGUCUUCGCGCCUUUGACCAAGGAUAUCUACGGACCUCUCAUCGAAGUGCUUGAGAAGGAGGAGGGUGUUGUCGUCAAGGACACCAUCUUGUAAAUUUGACUAAUUGCCGUAUGGUUUGUGGUUUUAAAAAUAUUAAAGUUAGCGGUGAAAAAUGACGGCCAGGCAACUUGUGAAGCCUUCGGGUCUCUUUUCCCCGUUUGUGAUAUCAACGUCCCUUGUUCCCGG